GGGGCAGGAGGCGGCGGGGGCUGGAGAGGGACGCUCCCCCUUGGCUCUCUGCUGACGACCUCCAGAAGAUGUGGCUGCUCUCCAGUGGGCAGGUGGUCUCCAAAAGCCGCGUCCCUGCCCACGGGCAAAUCAUGCGAGUGAGGCUGCGUGCCGUGGGGGACGCCAAGGGAGAUUCCAAGGAGGAUGUCUUGCUAGCCAGCCCAGAAGGAGACUGCCAGGAUGGGCGCUGUGGGCUCAUCAAGCGCCCCGGGGACCUGUACGAGGUGCUGGCCUUCCACCUGGACAGGGUGCUGGGGCUGAACCGCAGCCUGCCCGCCGUGGCCCGGCGCUUCACCAGCCGCCUCCUGCCCUACAGCUACACCGACGGCGCCCUGCGGCCCAUCAUCUGGUGGGCUCCUGACCUCCAGCACCUGGAGGAUGCCAACAAUGACCAGAACUCCUGUGCCCUGGGAUGGCUGCAGUACCAGGAGAUGCUGCAGCCCCACAGACCGAUGCUGGUGGCCAGGGACACUCCCUGCUCCAGCAUCCCACACAGCGAGUGGAGCCGCCUGGCCCUCUUUGACUUUCUUCUCCAGGUUCAUGACCGCCUGGACCGCUACUGCUGCGGGUUUCAGCCUGAUCCCUCUGAGUCCUGCGUGGAGGAGAUGCUCCACGAGAAGUGCCGGAAUCCAGCAGAGCUGGUCCUGGUCCACAUCCUGGUGCGGAGGAGCGCGCCGUCCCGCCUGGUGUUCAUCGACAACGCGGGCAGGCCACAGCACCCUGAGGAGAAGCUCAACUUCAGGCUCCUGCAAGGCAUAGACAGCUUCCCAGCGGCGGCGGUGGCCACGCUGCGGUCGGGCAGAUUGCAGAGCCUGCUGCUGCAGUCCCUGCGCCUGGACCGGGAGCUCUGGGAGAGCCAGGGGGGUGCCGAGGGGCUGAGAGCCCUGCUCCGGACCAUUGACAGGCGGGCACAAAUCCUGCUCCACCACAUCCAAGAGCACAACCUGACGGUGUUUGAGGACUCGCCACGUUGAAGCGCCCUCCGGCUGGCUCACGGUGCCUGCCCUGCACAUCCCAGCAGCCGUGGAUGUACCUCAUGCCCUCGGUGUGGGCGUUAUGAGGCUCCGUGCUGGUGCUUGGCUCUCCACAAGGUGUUUCCCCUCACCCUGUAGGAUGACCUGGAGAGGCAGAUGGAACCACAGGGAGUAGGAAAGAUGGGGAGGAGAUGUCUCCUAAGACAACCCACGACUGCUUGGGAAAGGUAGCGGCCAUCAAGUUAUGGUCUCAGCAUGGAUUUUCAAAGGGAGGGCACAUCCGUGAGGUUUUUUUGGGUGUCUUUGCUCACACACACAGAAACACACAAACAGCAACUAUGAAAACUGGAGUCUUGGACAGUUGAACAGCUGACAGGGACCCUGGAAAGAGUUAAAGAAGCUGCGGAGGAAAUCACUGGCAGCCUUUCCAUGGCUUUUUGAUGAUGCCUUCACUAUUUCCAUAACAUCCUGGACAGAGAGGCAGGGGGAAAGCAGAGGGGAACUUUCUAAGUGGAUUAAACAAAGACAAGACACUAGAGCUGAGCUCUGCCUUUCCCCCUGCGGAAGAGGUGACGUGUGCCUGGGAAACUGUGAGCCACUGCCUGGAGCUGAGACUAGGCAGUAUCUUGAAGCUCAGCAGCACUGGGCAGCAGCUGCCCUCCCACAGCCCAUGGUACCAUCCCCAGUGAGAGCCACGUGCUGUGUGCCGUGUGCCAUGGUCCAUGCACGUGCCCUGGUGGGCCUGGGCUGCUGCCAAUGCUCUCAGUGUCAGAUUUGAAGAUUUAAAUCUCUUGUUCGCUCUUUGCCUUCACUGUCAGGGGAUUAAAGGCAAAACUACACCACUUCUGAAAAGCGCUCCUGGCUGUUCUCCUGGGCAUGACUGCAUGUAACUCUUCCCCAGGCUUGCAGAAAUAUGUUUUAACAAAAAUGCCAAGCUAUUUUAGCAGAAGGCAGUUGAGUGCAAAAUGCUUUCUGAGCAUGCUGGCACCUCCGGCAGAGCCCAUCCUGUUCCUGUCACCCCUCAGGCUCUUUCCCAGCAGCCCAUUCUGAUGAAGCACAGCAGCAUCCCAGCUAGGCAGGUCCUCAAGUGUCAGGGCUGAGAGAUAAUUCAAAAUCAAAAUGAACAGGAGGAAAAGAGAUGCAGGGAUGGGCUCCAUCAUUCCCCGCAGUGUGUUUCCCAGCUGAGGCAUGCAGUCAGUGUUUGCCUGGAGCAGUCAGUUUAUGGUUUGACACCAGAAGGCUUUUUAAAGGCCUCCAUUUCUCCACUGUUACGGGCACAGCAUCCAUUGCUUCAGGCACUCCAAUUCACUUGUACCUUUGGAAAGUCUCAAUGAGACUGGCAUGGGUACCCAGCUGCACCACGGUGCUGCUGCCCCAUUGCAAUAGCUUUGGAAAACACAGCUACCCAUGCAGUGGGAGAGGAAAAGCUGGGUGUGGAUACCUUCCCUGCUCCAUCCUUCUCAGCACAGUGUCAGUUUGAGGGGAUGCUUUAACAUCCAUGCUGAUGAGCACAGGCAAUUACCUUUUUUCCUCUUUUCCCUCUUGCUGAAGAGAGGGUGAAGAGAGACGUGGGUGACAUGAAUCAACAAGCAAGCACAAGUGCUCUCAGGAAGCAUCAGCCCUCAGCAUCACAGGCACAGCAGCAUCCAAAGUGCCAUCAGCUUGUUCCUGGAGUCCUGCCCUCCAAUUAGGCAGGGAGGGCCUUUCCCCCAGCACUCUCUCCACCCCAUGAAUUAUCACCCUAUUUGCUGUGCCAUGAGAUGGAUGAUGGUCAUGGAAACCCUGCUAAAGCCUGAAUCAUGAGGAUUUAUUACUGGGAGGUGAGCUUAGCUUGUGAGCUUGAAAGAGAACAAAAUAACUCAUCCUGGGUCCUAUGAAAAGCCAUACCCAGGCAUGGCUGUGUAGGAGUAAAGGAUACUAAAUGUAACAAAAUUAACUUCAAAAAAUAUGCUGGGAAAACCCAUGAGGUAACAAGAGCAUUAGUUAGGAUGUACAGCAUCAGUCAGAGUCUUGCUUUAUCUCAUUGAAGUGAGAAAGUUCAUCAAAGGAGAGCUUUUCAUCCCAUGGAAGCCAAGUUCUCAGUGAGAAUCAAGAGACAGGUGGGGCUCUGCGCAGUGGCCAAAGCUGUGGACAUUGCUGAGCUGGACCAGCAGCUUAUGCCUUGCCUCUGGUUGCAUCGGCUCUACCUUAACAUUGCACAAGGUAGUGGGGUUUUUUUUGCAUUUCUUUAGUUGUAAUGUGAGUCUGCUGGCUAAACACAUGUGGAAACAUCUGUAAGCAGUUAUACAUGUGAAUAAAAUUCCCUCGUGAUUUCACAGAGAGCCAUGUAUGGAUAAAUGAGAGAAGCAAAAGCCAAGAUCUUGCUGAGACAAAUCAUUAAUCUUCUUUAAUUAGUCCAUUUUUUCCAUGGGCUUGCCUGUGUAACCAGCACAGGCUCUGAACUGCAGUCAUGGCUGUUCAGAGGGAUCCUGUGGCCUGCUUGUGUCAGCCUUUACCCUGUCGUGUUGGGUUCGGUU